AUGGUAGCAAAAUUCCAACUACGAAAUCAUUCUCCACCGACAAAUCGGGUGCUUGCCCUGCUCGCUAUCUUAAUUAUUCUAAGUGUUUUGUUUCUACAGAACGAUGAAGAACACCCGGCGAUAUUACGUGACGUUCCGUAUAGCAAGAGCGGCUAUGAUUGGUCCACACAUCCCCAGAGACAUCCAGUAUCAGAGGCUGAGAUGGCACGAUUGCCCUCGGCAUCACCCUUGGACUUACCUAAGAUUCAGUUCGAGUUUGCGACACAACACUCAGACAGCCUGAAGAGAGAUAUCGGCCUCAUGAGCUCUCGUCGAAACGAGGUACGGAAUGCUUUCAAGAAGAGCUGGCAGUCUUAUGCCCGGCAUGCUUGGGGUUAUGACGAGUUGCAACCUUUGUCUUUGAGAGGAAGAAAUCGACAUAACGGAUGGGGUGCCACUUUAGUCGAUUCUCUAGACACAUUAUGGUUGAUGGGUCUAUACGAUGACUUCAACAGGGCUGUCCAGUUCGUUGGCACGAUUGACUGGAAUAACUCGACAGAUCCGAGAUGCAAUGUUUUUGAGACGAAUAUCAGAUAUCUCGGAGGCCUCGUGUCCGCAUUCGAUCUCAGCAACGAGCAUAUUCUGCUCGACAAGGCUGUUGAGCUUGCCAACAUGCUGUAUGCUGCCUUUGACACUCCCAACAGGCUUCCGCCCUACGCUUUCAACUUCGUGGAGCUUAGGGCCGGCAAAGUGUUGCCGGAUCCUUAUCAAAGCGCCGCAUCCAUCGGUAGUCUCUCACUGGAAUUCACCAGACUGGCGCAGAUAACAGGCGAUUUCAAGUUCUAUGAUGCGGUUGAGCGCAUCAAGGUGGUUUUCGACGAAAUGCAGGACGAUACGCUACUGCCAGGCUUGUGGCCCAAAUUUCUUCACGUACGCGAUGAUUUUCAGACUCUCAACAACGUUUUCCGUUUAGGCGGCGACGGCGACUCGCUAUAUGAGUACUUGCCAAAGAUGUAUGCCCUGCUUGGUGGUCUCGAUGCCUCGUAUGAGAAGAUGUAUCUGGGAGCUGCAAAGGCAGCCAAGGCUCAACUUCUGUUUCGCCCUAUGACCCCCAAGAAGGAAGAUAUACUGUUACUUGGAACUGCUGUAGUGAACGAGAAGCUUAGGAAGAUCGACCAGAUUGCAGAGCUGGAGCAUCUUUCGUGCUUCGCAGGGGGAAUGUUCGCCAUGGCUGGGAAGCUCUUCGGAAUCCCGGAAGACGUCGAGGUUGGAGACAGGUUGGCACGAGGAUGCGCGUGGGCGUACAGGUCCUUCAAGAGCGGGCUCAUGCCCGAGAAGUCGCAAAUCGUCAAGUGCGACACGAUCGACGGCUGCGAAUGGGAUGAAAAGAAGUGGGCUGCUCAAAGCAGUCGCCAUGCUCCUAGGGGGUUCUGGAGGAUUGAUGAUGCACGCUACAACCUGCGACCCGAGGGUAUAGAGAGUCUUUUCAUUCUUUACAGAAUUACUGGAAAGGAAGAUUUGGUUGAUAUGGCCUGGGACAUGUUUCAAGCUGUCCAGAAAGUGACAACAACUGAUGACGCCCAUGCUGUGGUGGCUGAUGUUACAUACACACAAUCUCGACAGGAAGAUACGAUGGACAGCUUCUUCUUUGCCGAGACAUUGAAGUACUUUUAUCUGAUCUUCUCGGACCCCGAACUGAUGAGUUUGGACGAAUGGGUGUUUAACACGGAGGCUCAUCCUUUCAAGCGACCAACAGCACCUUGA